AUGUUUAACUACAUGUAUAUGCAAUCAGCAACGUUUGGUGGUGGGACAUUCACAAACCUUGGCACUACGGGAAGGGAUGGGCCUACUUCGGUGGGCUCUCAUUAUGACGGUACAGACCUUCAGGGGCUGGUGACAGUGACCAACGGGACCCAGUACAUAACCAUACCGUCCAAUGGUACUUACAGAAUAGAGGCUGCAGGUGCUGCUGGCGGAUGUGACAGCAGUGGGUGUACAUAUCGAAGCUACGGCGCAUAUGUGGUUGGAGACUUCACGCUUUAUGCAGGUGACCAGCUAAAGAUUCUAGUAGGACAAAUGGGCGGUGAGAAUUCUCAUUCUUCCUCUGGCGGUGGUGGCGGCACAUUCCUGACGUACGACGAUAACACGCCUAUCAUCAUAGCUGGUGGCGGGGGAGGUAUUGAAGGGGCUACUAAGCGGCGAGCAGCGUGUGGCGGCACUACAAAUACUACUGGGAACAGCGGUUACAGUAGCAGUACGAUUUGGCCUGGUGGUUCUAAUGGAGAGGGCGCUUCAACUGCAGACACCAGUAAUUCAGGUGGCGGCGGCGGUGGCCUGCUGACAAACGGGCGCAGUAGCACUGAGUUUGGUGGAUCCUACGGUACGGGCGGUGAAGGUGGAUUCGCUUUUGUAAAUGGAGGUACUGGUGGCAGGCCGAAAUCAUAUCUAGGCUGGGGAGGGUUCGGUGGUGGGGCGGGGGCGUAUGGUUUUGGCGGAGGGGCGGGGGGCGGAGGCGGUUACUCGGGUGGAGCUAGCGGAGAUAAUUCCGUAAAUUCGUGCGGUGGAGGAGGGGGCUCGUACAACGCCGGAGACAACGCCUCCGGUCAAGACGAUUACAACAACGGCCACGGAUAUUUGAUUAUUACAAGAAUAUAA